AUGCGUAACCACUUAUUAUUCCCGCUGCUUUGUAGCUCCUCGCUGCUAUCUUUCUGUGUAGCACAAGACGACGGCUACAUCGGUUAUGAUCUCAGAAAGCGAGGCGACCCAGAGUCAGUCAAUUACGAAACAGCAGAUACGCCCGGCGUCGACCUCCCCCAGGAACCAGAUGUAUACCUCAAUGCUUCAGUCUCUGUAGGAGAGAUCUAUAUAGAGGUUGAUAACAUAACCGCCAAGAUAAACCUCGACGCCAAAGUGUUAAAUCUGCUACAUUUUACAGCUGGCGUAUCCGCUUCGAUCGACAGAGUGGCUCUAAGGAUCGAGAACGUGAGCGCAAAGGUAGAGCUAGAAGCUCGACUCGGCAAUGUUGUUCAAAUGAUUGGGGACGUUCUGAACACGGUUGAUUUGAAUCCUAUCGUCGCGACGCUCGGGAAGAACGUAGGAAGCAUCGUCGGAAAUCUUACCGACACGCUUGGGGAGAGCUCAACCUCAUCAUCAAGUACGGCUGCCGCAACCAACUCCAAGCGAGACAUACUCGAUUAUAACCUAGCCUACAAUAUUCUCUACUCUGUCAACGACUAUUCCGGUCAGACACACACUAACCGUAUUCUGGCACAGAACGGUAGCAUCUAUGAUUCCUUACUCGACAACAAUGGUGACGAGCACAGCCGCCAGAUAGUGGGAUAUUACAGCAAAGAUAUGACAUUUACCGGUCAUAAUCGAACGAUCACCAUUGAUGGAAAGACGGAAUACGAGCUAUCUUAUGAAUACAAACCCUACCCGGGUCUGGAUGCCGUCGCAAAUAUUUAUGUGACGCCUGAGGGAAAGGUAGUGAAAACACAAGUUGUUGCUGAGGCACAAGGAGGAGGCACCAGUACGGUUAGUGAUGACGAUGCCGACGAGGAGAAGGAUUCUUGA